AUGGGCAGGAGCAAGGGCAAAACGCCCCAGCGCCCGGAGGGACCCGGGAAGCCGACCUCCGGGGAGCAGGAAUCCGGGUCGGCCAGCGCCGACAGCGCGCCCAGCCGGGAGCGCCGACAGGGCCGCGGUAAAGCCCACGGGGCGAGACCACUCUUGGAGCCCUGCACCGCGGGGGGCCAGGAGACCCCCGGUGGCCGCAGGAAGCCCACUGUAGAGGAGAACGGCGACUGCAGACGGUCGGAGGCUGAGGGGAGACGAGGCAGCGCGCGGCGUCCGAGAUGCGGGCCUAAGGAGAGCCACAAGCCCGGGGACGGCCGUGGGGGGCGCCUGGAGGAGAAGAGCCUCCUCGGAGGAAGAAGGACACGCGGGCGCGACCGCCGCAGGAGAAGAGGAAAAGGGCGGGGACGCUCGGUUCAGCGGGGCCGCCAUGAGACCCGCAGCCUCAAUGCGGACACGUCGGAUGGAGACGGGGCCAGCUCCUGCCCGGACAGUGAAGCCCGCGAGGCCCUGGAGAGCGGCAGCCAGAGCGGCGGGGCCCCAGAGCGGCGGCCCAACUCGGAGCAAACGGACAUGGGCUCGGGAAGCACCCAAACCGGUCCGGAGCCAGCGCUGGAGGCGCCGAGAGAACGCCCGGGCAGCGACGGCCUGAGCAGCGACGGCAGAGGCGGUGACAAGCCCCCCGCCGGGCCUCGGAGCCCGGAAGGAUCGUCGGGGGCGAGGCCCCAGGGAGAGACCGAGGAUUCCGAGACUGCCACAGACUUGAGUCUGGAGGGGGCCGGGCCUGGACGGAGCCUACGGGCAGCCCCAGGAACGACAAGCGGGUCCACUGAGGCCGAAGAGGCUGACCCGGCCAGUAAAGCCGCGGCCUCCAGUCCCCUCGAGGGCAGCCGCGCGUGCGUUCCCCGGAGCUCGCGGGCUUCUCGAGACCCCAAGCCGGCCCGGGACGCGAGUAACAGUGGGGUGCAGCCCGAGGCUGAGCCGAGGGGCCCCGAGCCCGGAAGAGCCGAGGCCUCGACCGCCCGGGGUCAGCGUACCCAGGUCGGAGAGGGGGUGGGGAAGGUGCAAGAGGAGGAGGGCAUGAGCGAAGCGGGGGCUGGAGGAGAAGGGUCCGGGGACCCAGCGCCGCUGGUAGCCCUGGUGGCGCUCGGCAGGCUUCGCGCGAGGCCCCCGCCAGGGCCCGCUCCCCAGGCCGCGGGUCCCUGCCCCUCGGGCCUCAAGGACCGGCUCCUGCGGGUGGCACGGGGCCUGGGCCUCCUGCGCUGGCUGCGGCUCCGGCCGCGGGCGGGCGAGGCGCGGGCGGCGGGCGAGGGGCGGGGCCGCGGGCCGGGGCUGAGGCGCCGUCUAGUGCUGAGCCUGGCUGGCGUAGCUGGGCUGGGCGGGCGACCGAGGGCUCCCCCUGGUGGCGGCUCUAGUUCCCCGCAGGUUGCGGAAAGGCCAGCCCCCGACGACCCUUCUGAGGAUACGGACCCGACUCCAGAUCCCAAGUUCGCGGUCAUGUUCCCCAGGAUCCACAGGGCAGGGAGGACCUCGAGCAGCCAGAGCUCAGAGGAAGCGUCCGCGGAAGUCCCCGCUGGGGAGGGGCACUUUUGGUUUUGUGCGGGGGCUUCAGGGGACAGUGAGGGGCGCAGGGCGAGUGGAGAAGGGGUGGCCGGGCGCCGCCACGGCUCUCUCGGCCCGACUCUCUCCGACGAGCCCCCACUCGAGAGCGGCUCCAGCAGCGAAGCGGAGCCGGAGACCUUGGGAGCCGAGGCUGCGGUGCACUGGGCGCAGGGCGAGGACCCCCGCGAGGACCCUGGGUUUGGCACCGAAGCACUGCUGCCCCGACUCAUCUUGGAGACCUGCCUGCGGCGGGAGAGGAGCCCGAGCCCCUGCGGGUUCCUGAGGGAUCGAUGGGAGCCGGAGGAUGAGACCGAGGAGGCACUGGAGAAGGACCUGGAGCUGAGCCUCGGUCCGGGCCUGGAGGCGCCGCCCUCUCCCGGCGCCGAGGGCAGGAGCCUCGGGGAAGGCCUGGAAGACACCGAGGACCUGGCCCGGCUGCGGCUGGUGUGCGACAGCUCCGUGCUGCUGUGCCUCAAGAAGAGGUUUUACCUGGGCCGAAUCUAUACCUUUGGGGGGCCCCUCCUGCUCGCUCUGAACCCCCGCCGGCCCCUGCCUCUCUUCUCACCUGAGGUCCUGGCCAGCUACCGCCCUAGGAAGACCCCUAACACCACCCCACACAUCUUUGCCAUCGUGGCAGCAGCCUAUAGCCUGUCUCAGAGCACUGGGCAGGGCACCUGCAUCCUCCUGAGGUGAACCCUGCCAGCCUCUCCCUCCUGCAGUGGGCACAGCGGCUCUGGGAAGACAGAAGCUUCCAAAAAGAUUGUGCAGUUCCUAAGCAGCCUGGAGCAGGAGCAGACAAGGGGCAGAGGAUGUCAGCUGGACGACGUGCUGCCCAUGCUCAGCAGCUUUGGCCACGCCAAGACAGUCCUCAAUGCCAAUGCCAGCCGCUUUGGCCAGGUCUUAGGCCUCUGCCUGCAGCAAGGGGUCAUCCUGGGAGCUUCUGUGUCACAUUAUCUGCUUGAGACCUCGAGAGUGGUGUUUCAGGGCCGGGCCUGCAGGCUCCAGGGCAAGGAGGAUGCCCAGGACUUCACGGGACUGGUGAAGGCCCUGCAGGUGCUGGGCUUGUGCACCGAGGAGUUGACUGCAGUCUGGGCUGUGCUGGCCUCUGUCCUGCAGCUGGGCAACAUCUGCUUCUCCUCUUCAGAGAGGGAGUCACAGGAGGUGGCUGCCGUGUCCAGCUGGGCUGAGAUCCACACGGCAGCCCGGCUGCUGCGGGUGCCGCCCGAGCGCCUGGAGGCGGCUGUCACCAGGAGGGUCACGGAGACGCCCUAUGGCCAGGUCUCAAGAUCCCUGCCCGUGGAAAGUGCCAUCAAUGCCAGGGACGCCCUGGCCAAGGCCCUGUACUCGCGGCUCUUCGCCUGGCUUCUGAGGAGAACCAACGUGCGGCUGGCACCCCCCGGGGAGGGAGGCAGCGUGGCCACUGUCACUGUCAUCGACGUCUACGGCUUUGAGGCACUGCGGGUCAACGGCCUGGAGCAGCUGUGCAACAAUCUCGCCAGCGAGCGCCUGCAGCUCUUCUCCAGCCAGAUGCUUCUGGCCCAGGAGGAGGAGGAGUGUCGGCGGGAGAUGUUGCCCUGGGUGCCCAUCCCCCAGCCUCCGCAGGAGUCCUGCCUGGACCUCCUGGUAGACCAGCCCCACAGCCUCCUGAGUAUCCUGGAUGCCCAGACAUGGCUGUCCCAGGCCACGGACCACACCUUCCUGCAGAAGUGCCACUACCACCACGGCGACCACCCGCGCUACACCAAGCCCCAGCUGCCUCUUCCCAACUUCACCGUGCGGCAUUACGCUGGGACCGUCACCUACCAGGUUCACAAGUUUUUAAACAGAAACCAGGAUCAUCUUGACCCUGCUGUGGUGGAAAUGCUUGCCCAGAGCCAGCUCCAGCUGGUGGGUAGCCUGUUCCAGGAAGCAGAGCCCGAGUCUGGGGAAGGACCAGGCAAACCCACGCUGGCCUCUCGCUUCCAGCAUUCCCUGGGGGACCUCCUAGCCCGGCUGGGCAGGAGCCAUGUCUAUUUCAUCCAGUGCCUCAACCCCAACCCGGGAAAGCUUCCGGGCCUCUUUGAUGUGGGUCACGUGGCAGAGCAACUGCGCCAGGCGGGCAUCCUGGAGGCCGUGUGUACCCGCAGCACCAACUUCCCCGUUCGCGUGCCCUUCCAGGCCUUCCUGGCCAGGUUCCGGGCCCUGGGGACAGAGGGGCAGGAAGAGCUCUCUGGCCGGGAAAGAUGUGGCGCCAUCCUGAACCAGGUGUUCGGGGCUGAGUCGCCCCUCUGUCACCUGGGAGCCACCCAGGUGCUACUGCGGGAGCUGGGCUGGCAGCGGCUGGAGCGGCACCGGGCCCAGCAGCGCGCCCAGGCCCUGCUCACCCUGCACCGAGGCCUCUGCACCAGCCUCUCCCGUCAACGCCUUCUCCUCCUACCACAGAUUUGCGUGCGUGGGCUCCAGGCCAGGAAGUGGUACCUCCGGCGGCGGGCAGCUCUGGGGCAGCUGAACACCAUCCUGCUGGCGGGCCGGCACCUGCUCUGGAGACAGCGGAGAGGGCAGGUGAAGCACAUGGAUGGGUCCUGCCCCGGGCAGCUCAGGGGAGAAGCCAGGCAGCCCUGCCGGCCACGUCGGCCAAAUCCCGACGGUGUCCACCCUUCAAGCCCAGCCGCACAAGGACCGAGGUCUCGGAGACCAUUGCUGGUGGAGCUCCUUCCGUUCCCCUCUGCCUGGCCAGGACGGGCAGAGAUAGCCACGGCGCUAAGGCUACAGCUUGGGCAUCGGCGUAGCUGGCACAGAGUCGGGACCUCCAAGAAGGGGCCAAGCAUGGAGCUGGGGUGCUUGGAGAUCCCGGCUGAGCUGGCUGUCAUGCUGAAGACAGCGGAAGGCCGUCAGCACACCCUGGCCGAGAGCAUCACCGAGGUCAUGCCCCCGGAAGUUCCCGCACGGCCCAGCCUGACCCUCCCACCCGACAUCGACCAAUUCCCCUUCUCCAGCUUCAUCUCCAUCGGCUUUCAGGAGCCAUCCCUGCCCAGACCUGGGCAGCUGCUGACCAAACCCCUGACCCGACUGGACGGUGAGAACCCUCAGCAUGCCCUGGAUAUCAACAAGGUGAUGCUGCGGUUCCUGGGGGACGGGUCCCUGGAGCCCUGGCAGGAGCAGACCAUGGGCCAGUACCUGGUGCGGCAGGGGCAGUGCCGGCCGGGGCUGCGCAACGAGCUCUUCAGCCAGCUCGCGGCCCAGCUCUGGCGCAACCCGGACGAGCAGCAGAGCCAGCGCGGCUGGGCCCUCCUGGCCGUCCUGCUCAGCACCUUCCCCCCAGUGUCCACCCUGCAGAAGCCGCUGCUCAAAUUUGUGUCCGACCAGGCCCCCGGGGGCAUGGCAGCACUGUGCCAGCACAAGCUGCUGGGAGCCCUGGAACACACACAGCAGGCCCCUGGGUCCGAGCGGGCCCACCCACCCACCCAGCUCGAGUGGACAGCCGGAUGGAGGCGGGGCCGCAUGGCGCUGGAUGUCUUCACCUUCAACGAGGAGUGCUACUCGGCCGAGGUGGAGUCCUGGACCACAGGGGAGCAGCUCGCCGGGUGGAUUCUGCAGAGCAGAGGCCUGGAUCCGCCCCCGCGUGGCUGGUCUGUGUCACUGCACUCUAAGGACUCCUGGCAGGACUUGGCUGGCUGCGACUUCGUGCUGGACCUGAUCGGCCGGACCGAGGACCUGGGGGACCCGGCCGGUCCCCACAGCUACCCAAUCGCCCCCCGUGGCUUAGCCGAGGACAUCCCCCCGGCCCCUGGCAUCCAGGCCCCCUCACUGCCCCCAGGUCCCCCUCCAGGUCCAGCCCUAACUCUGCCCAGCAGGGGUCGCACAGGUGAGUCCCAGACCUCAGGGAAUCUGGAUGGCUUCCUGGACCACCUCUUCUCCCCGUGCCUCAGCGUGAGUGAUCUGGAGCAAGGCAGGGCUCUGAGUGGCCGCAUGAAGGGAGGGGGCGCCAUGGGGCCCAUGCAGCAAGGCAGCUACCCUGUGGUGUACUCAGGGAUGAUGCAGAUGCCUGGGUACCAGCCAGCCAUGAUGCCUGCACCCAUGCCCAUGAUGCCAGCAAUGGGGGCAGUCCCCGCCAUGCCAGCCAUGGUGGUGCCACCGCAGCCGCAGCCACAGCCACAGCCACAGCCCCUGCUUCCCAGCGUGGACGCGAGGCAGCUGGCAGUCCAGCAGCAGAACUUAAUCAACCAGCAGGCGCUGAUCCUGGCCCAGCAGAUGACCACCCAGGCCAUGGCCUUGUCCCUGGAGCAACAGGCAAAGCAGCGCCAGAGCCAGCCCCUGGAGCAUCAUGCCCAGGCCCAGGCCCCUGGAGCUGCCUCCCUGACUCCACCCCCAGCCAUCACCCCCAAGCCCAAGAAGACACCCACCCCCGAGAAGGAGCCAGAGCGUGACCUGGAACUGGUAGGUGCCGGCCUGAGGGAGACCUCACAGGAGGCUGAAGUCAGGCCCCGGCAGCCCAAGAGCUUCUGGCAGAAACGGGACUAUUUCCAGAACUUGGGGCAGCCGCAGAUCAAGGUGAAGACGAUGAGGCCUCCGGCCAAGGUGAAGAUGCCCCAGGGGGAGGAGCAGGAGGAGGAGCCGGAAGAAGAGGAACAGAGAGCAGUGCCGUCACCUCCUCCUCCCCCGGUAGUGAAGAAGCCCCUGACACGAGAUGGGGCCAAAGCUACACAGGAGGCUGAGGCUGAGGCGGAGCCAGCCACAGAGGCGGGGCCUGGCGGUGGUCGCCAGCCGGCCGAGGGCAGAGCCGUGGUGCGUAGCUCGGACCCUGAGCCCCGGAAGGCAGAGCCCAGCAGGGAGAUCCGCAACAUCAUCCGCAUAUACCAGAGCCGCCCAGGCCCCAUGCCCGUGCCUGUGCAGCCACCCAGGAAGCCCCCCCAAAUCUUCCUGAAGAAAAACAACCCUAAGGAUGAGGCCCUGGCUAAGCUGGGGAUCCGUGGUGCCUCCUCGCUGCCCUUGACGCUGUCCCCCAGCCCAGGGAAGGGCCCCCCGCCAGCUGUGGCCCCUCGACCCAAGGGCCAGCCAUGGCUUGUGCCCUCCAGAUCCAUCAAGGAGAAGCAGGGGCCCCUCCAAGAGCUGUUUGGCCAGAAGCCACCCGCUGCCCAGAGACCCCCGCCUCCGCCAGCGCCUCCGCUGCCUCCAUCCUGGGACCCAGCGACCCCUCCAGCUGAGCCGCACGGCUUUGCGGAGCUCAUGGGGGACCAGGGUAUCUCCACCCAGCUGCUCGUGCCCUCGGGCAGCGUGUGCUUCUCCUACGCCAGCGCCCCCUGGAGGUUGUUCCUGCGCAAGGAGGUGUUCUACCCCCGGGAGAACUUCAGCCACCCCUACUGCCUCAGGCUCCUCUGUGAGCAGAUCCUGAGGGACACCUUUGCGGAGUCCUGCAUCCGGAUCUCCCAGGACGAGAGGCACAGGAUGAAAGACCUGCUGCGAGACCUGGAGGUGGGCCUGGACUCCCUGGACACAGCUGAGGACAGUGUCAAGAAACGCAUCGUGGUGGCUGCCAGGGACAACUGGGCCAAUUACUUCUCCCGCAUCUUCCCCGUCUCGGGCGAGGGUGGCAGCGACGUGCAGCUGCUGGCUGUGUCCCACCGGGGGCUGAGACUGCUCAAGGUGACCCGAGGCCCCAGCUUCCACCCCGACCAGCCGCAGCUGAAGACUCUCUGCUCGUACAGCUUUGCUGAGGUGCUGGGCGUAGAAUGCCUGGCUGGCCCCAGCCUGGAGCUGUCGCUGACGAGCGAACGGCUGGUGCUGCACACAGGCCGGGCGGGAGCCAUCAAGGCCAUGGUCGAGCUGCUCCUGAGCGAGCUCAAGAAGGACUCCGGCUACGUCAUUGCCCUGCGAAGCUACCUCACUGACGACCACAGCCUCCUCAGCUUCCAACGGGGGGACCUCAUCAAGCUGCUGCCGGGGGCCGCUCUGGAGCCAGGCUGGCAGUUCGGCUCCACCGGGGGCCGUUCCGGACUCUUUCCUGCUGGCAUGGUGCAGCCGGCUGCCGCUGCAGACUCCUCCUUCUCGGCGCAGCAGCGGGACGGCCGGCGCAGGAGUCAGCUGCAGCCCAGAGAGCGGGAUAAGGCGUCGGAGUUCCCCACCCACCCCUGGAGCCAGGCACACAGUGACAACUUGGCCACCAGCCUGUCCCCGUCUGUGGCCUGCGUCGCCCUGCCCACAGACUCCGACUACACCAUGCAGGAAUUUGCCCUGCGCUACUUCCGGAAGCCCCAGACCCUGCUGGGCCAGACAGGUGAAGCUGCUGAGAGGAAGGCCAUGGCCAGCCUGGUGCAGUACAGCAAGGCUCCCAUCCAGGCAUCGCUCAUCAGCGUCAGUGACGAGGACGUGAACAGGCAGGCUGUGGGAAGCUUCCAGGCUCUGAUGCAGUUUAUGGGGGACCAGUCCAAGCCCCGGGGCAAGAACGACCUGGAUCUCCUCUACGGGCUGCUGAAGCUGUGCCAGGAGAAGGAGAACCUCAGGGAUGAGAUUUACUGCCAGGCCAUCAAGCAGAUCACAGGACACCCCCGGCCGGGACCCUGCGCUCGAGGCUGGACUUUCCUCAGCCUCCUCACAGGCUACUUUUCCCCGUCAACCUCGCUGAUGCCCUACGUGACCAAGUUUCUGCAGCAUUCGGCCCUGAGCCAAGAGCUGGCCCGAAGGUGCCAGGAGCACCUCCAGCGCACAGUCAAGUACGGGGGGCGCCGGCGGCUGCCCUCCCCUGGCGAGAUGCAGGCUUUCCUGAAAGGACAAGUUGCCCACCUGCUCCUAAUUCGUCUGCCCGGGGGUGUGGAGUACAAGGCCAACAUCCACACUUUCACGGUGGCAGCAGAAGUGCUGGAGGAGAUGUGUGGGCAGAUGGGCAUCACGGACCCCCAUGAAGUGCAGGAAUUUGCCCUCUUCCUCAUCAAAGGGGAAGGCCAGCUGGUGCGGCCCCUGUGGCCCCGGGAGUACCUCAACAGCGAGGUGGUGGGUCCGGACGUGAGCCUGCACAGCCGGCGGCUCGGCUGGGAGACCCCGCUGCACUUCGAUAAUCCCACCUACGUCAGCACCCACUACGGCCAGGUGCUGUGGGACUACCUGCAGGGGAAGCUGUUGGUCAGCGCCCAGGAAGAUGCCCGACUCGCCAGGCUGGCUGCCUUGCAGCACCUCAGCAGGAACCACGAGGAGCCCCCCUCAGAGCAAGGCCUACUGGCUUACUUGCCGAAGCAGCUGCAAUGGCAGAUGAACGUGGCCGCUGUGAAGAGGCUGAUGGGCCAGGAGCUGAGGCAGUUGCAAGGAUGCACCUCUCAGGAAGCGCAGAUCAGCUUCAUCGAGGCCGUGAGCGAGCUGCCCCUCUUCGGCUACACUGUCUACAUGGUGCUGAGAGCGAGCAAGCCGGCCCUGCCCAGCCCCAGCCUCCUGGGGCUGAACCGCCAGCACCUCAUCCUCAUGGACCCCAGCUCUCAGGAACUGCACUGCUCCAUCGCCCUGAGGGACCUGCAGCGGCUCCACAUGCUGAGCCCGCUGGGGGCUGAGGGCUCCCCUGGCCUGGAGCUCAACUAUGGCUCGGCUGACGACCCCCAGACCAUCUGGUUUGAGCUGCCACAGGCCCAGGAGCUGAAGCACACCAUCACCUUCCUGCUGGACCGCAACUCUCCUUCCAUUUAGUGGCCGGGCUUCACCCAAGAGGAGCGGGGGAGGGGCAGAGACGAGGCCAGGAAGCCUCUCUGGCCCAAGUCUCACCCGGACGGUCUCCUUUGGGUGCUGUCAAGCCAGUCUGGCCUGGACUUCACCGCUUGGCUGUUCUGGAACCUGCUGCAGCACAGCCCAGCUGGCCCACGGGGAGGGGCUGCUAUAGCCACUUCAACUGGGAAAGAGUCACGAGACUCCCUCUGGGGUGGGCCUGGGCCUGGGCCUGAGCCUGGGGUGGGCGCCGCAGGAACUCGGCUUGGGCGUCCGAUGUUGCCCAGUCUGGGGGAGAUGCCCACCUGGGCCCUGGCCCGACAUGAGCAUGAGCGCAGCCCUGGGAGCAGCAGCUGCUGAGGAAAUAAAAGUCCCGAGAGAA